AAGUGAUCAUGGAACUAGUGCGUGUUUAUAAAAAUGACUACCACGAGACCUGCAGCAAGUACAAUGAGAUGGGACUGGAAAGAGAUGAAGAUAUUUAUCCAAAUCAGGGCCAAAAACUCAGCCAGCCUGAAGCAAGAGCUCAAAACACAGGUUUGUCAGUAGGAAAUAAGUGUGUUGUGUGGAUCACUGUGUGCUUUAGCCUUAUGUGCAUUUUCCUGGUGGCUGCCAUUGUAGUACUGCAUAACAAGCUCACGGCAGAGAGGGAAGUACAAGCUACACACAUGUUACAGUCUGGUUCAAGAGAUCAAGCAGAGAAAGACAAGUUAGAAAACAGCUUCAACUUUUUGAGUCAGAAGAAACUGGAGUUGGAGACCAGAGUCAAUGAUCUGAAUGCUGUGAAAGACGUGUUACAGAGGAGUUUUGACUCUUUGAAUGAGAAGAAACUGGAGUUAGAAAGCAAAGUCACUUCUCUGAGUGAAGAACUGAAGAAAGAAUCAUCUAAACGAGGUCAGUGCAUAUAUAUAGUGCCUUGCGAAAGUAUUCAAUCCUCUUCAUGUGUUUUUUUUUUUUUUAUUAAUUAUUUAUUUAUUUAUUUAUUUAUUUAUUAUGUUUUAUGAGCAACUUCAACUCUUUAAGUCAGAAGAAACUGGAGUUGGAGACCAGAGUCAGUCAUCUCACAGCUGAGAAAAGCCAGUUGGAUACCAGAGUCAAUGAUCUCAUUACUCAGAAAACCCAGUUACAGAGCAACUUCAGCUCUUUAGGUCAGAAGAAACUGGAGUUGGAGACCAGAGUCAAUGAUCUCACUGCCGGGAAAACCCAGUUACAGAGCAACUACAACUCUGUAAGUCAGAAAAAACUGGAGCUGGAGACCAGAGUCAAUGAUCUCACUGCAGAGAAAAGCCAGUUACAGAGCAACUUCACCUCUUUAAGUCAGAAGAAACUGGAGUUGGAGACCAGAGUCAAUGAUCUCACUGCUGAGAAAAGCCAGUUGGAUACCAGAGUCAAUGAUCUCAUUACUCAGAAAACCCAGUUACAGAGCAACUCCAGCUCUUUAGGUCAGAAGAAACUGGAGUUGGAGACCAGAGUCAAUGAUCUCACUGCCGAAAAAACCCAGUUACAGAGCAACUACAACUCUGUAAGUCAGAAGAAACUGGAGCUGGAGACCAGAGUCAAUGAUCUCACUGCAGAGAAAAGCCAGUUACAGAGCAACUUCACCUCUUUAGGUCAGAAGAAACUGGAGUUGGAGACCAGAGUCAGUGAUCUCACAGCUGAGAAAAGCCAGCUGGAGACCAGAGUCAAUGAUCUCACUACUCAGAAAACCCAGUUACAGAGCAACUUCAACUCUUUAGGUCAGAAGAAACUGGAGUUGGAGACCAGAGUCAAUGGUCUCACUGCUGGGAAAACCCAGUUACAGAGAAACUACAACUCUGUAAGUCAGAAAAAACUGGAGUUGGAGACCAGAGUCAGUGUUCUCACUGCUGAGAAAAGCCAGUUGGAGACCAGAGUCAAUGAUCUCACUACUCAGAAAACCCAGUUACAGAGCAACUUCAACUCUUUAGGUCAGAAGAAACUGGAGUUGGAGACCAGAGUCAAUGAUCUCACUGCUGGGAAAGACGUGUUACAGAGGAGUUUUGACUCUUUGAAUAAGAAGAAACUGGAGUUAGAAAGCAAAGUCACUUCUCUGAGUGAAGAACUGAAGAAAGAAAGAACUAAACGAGGUUGGAUUUUCUUGUCCAAUGAGUUGAUGAGCUGGUCUGACAGCAGGCAGUACUGCAGGGAUCAUGGUGCUGAUCUGGUCAUUAUCAACAGUGAAGAGAAGCAGAGGUUCAUUUCUUCACUUACCACAGAGAGAGUGUGGAUUGGUUUAUCUGACAGAGAACAGGAGGGCAAAAUGACAUGGGUGGAUUAUUCACCACUAAAUCAAGGGUUUUGGCUCAAAAAUGAGCCGAACAAUGACGGAAAUGAAAACUGUAUUGAACUGAAUUAUAAAAGAGAGCAGUGGGGAUGGUCACCCCUGAACAGCUGGAAUGAUGCCCCAUGUUCAGAGAAGAAAAAAGGGAUUUGUGAGAAAUAGGGUUCAUCCCAUCUUAUUGUUGUUUUGCUUCUAUUGUCUAACAUAAUCGUUCUUAAUGUGAACACACUGCCUUUUAAAUAAUGAUAAGCUGAUAUGCAAUUUGUUAGAAUAAAAAAGUAAAAAAUAUAAUAAUUUUCUUAUUGCUAUAAUAAUCUACUGUUUCUCAUGGUGUGAAAUACGCUGACCUGAGACAAUGAACCUCCGACGUUUUCAUGUUUUUUCUCCAUCACAAGCAGCUCUAUAUUAAUAUGAAUUUAUUCUACUGUUAUCAUGAGUCUCAUUUGUUGAUCUGAAGUGUUGAGGUGACAAUCACAGUAAACUACAAAAAGACUAAAGUGUCUAGAUUGCUCUGAUUCACCUUCUUAUUUUGAUAUUGAGUGUCUGUGAAGUUGCUUUUCAGUUGAAUUGCUUUUUGUUUGAAUAAAAUCUUCAAUUACCAUCAUUACCAAAGUAAACUUUUUUUUUCAUAUUGUACUUUCUCAUUGUAUAUCUGCUGUAUUAUUCUAUGGACACAUUUCCUCCAGUCCAGCAGGUGCAGCAGAGAGCAGGUUUAUCAGACUGAAGUGAUCAGAGAGGAAGAUAAAUAUCAGAUCCACAACUCUUGUUGCUGUUUUUCCUUCAUCGUCAAUAUAAAGCACAUCACCAUCACAGCAGAGAGAGACCUGAUAAAGAGUUACAAGAACACACCCAGAAGAAACUGGAAUUAGAAAGUGAUCAACUGAAAAAAGAAUCUAAACCAGAUGGCUUGUUCAUAUCAAGUGAGGAGAAGAGCUGGUCUGACAGCAGGCAGUACUGCAGGGAUCGUGGUGCUGAUCUCUUCAUUAUCAAGACUGAAGAGAAAAGGAGGUUCAUAUUUUCAUAUAUUAAAGAUGUUGACAGAGCAUGGAUUGGUUUGUCUCACAGAGAGCAGGAGGGCAACAUGAAAUGGGUGGAUAAUUCACCACUGAUAAAGGGGUAAGUGCUAAAACAUUCACAGAAAAUCACUGUGGAUUUAUUUGUUGUCAGGUAUUUUUGCUAUUUUGUGCCAACCACAAAGUAGAGGCUAUAUAUUGGCCAAACUUUCAUCAAUCAAAAAGAAACUUGGUAUGCUCCUGGGAACAGCUCCACCUAUGGAUCACAAGAUAUGAAGAAUGGCUAUAUUUGCUUAUAACUUUUGAACAGUUAGUCAGAAAAUCAUGAUAUGUCUAUGUUGUCAAUGGAUUCCUCAGGUCAUGCCAAAUCUCUGGAUAUCGAUUUUGCCAGGAUCGGCUGAACCAUGUGUUGCCAUUUUGAAAUUUCACAUAAAUUGCACUAUAUAUUGAACCAUUUGACAUACAGUAUCUGCACAAAAAUUGGCAGGGACCAUCAACGGCAUGUCAGGGAGGAACCUGAGAAGCUUGAACACACCUAGUGUUCCAGAGAUAUAAAUAUUUUUACAAAAAUGCUUAUAACUUUUGAAAACAUUGUCCAAAUGUUGUUAUUUUUGUAUCAUUCCCUGGGUUAUUUGUCUCCUUUGUCAUUUUGCAUCAGUUUCUGAAUAUUGAUGCCAGUUCAUCCCAGCACGAGUCUUGCUUCUCGUUUAGUGCUCAUGAGGAAGUUAAGAUGUCCGUCGCUGCAUCAGUGGAGGGGCUAUCGGCUUCUGACGCCGGAGAUUCUGCUAAGCAGCCCCCCGUUGUGGCAGCUGCACAGCCGGAGUCUGAGGCAAAGUUGACGGCCAUGUUCCCCCAGGCAGCCUUGACCGCCAGGCUGGAGGUUGGGUUCCCUGCCUUCCUCUGGGCAUUUGCAGUCUGAUGAUUGGUUUCUGGCGUCGGACGCGGCUCUUGCUGCGCCCCCCCGGUGCCUUUCCUCCCGGAGGUUCAUGAAGAGCUCAGCUACGUGUUUGGCUCUUCCCUCCCCAACUUCCCUCGGGGGUGGGGGUGGCCUGGGAACACACUGACGUCCUCUGGUGGAGUGUGCGAUUGCGGUGCAUUCGUGCUUGCGAAAUGCUGCCACCUGGUGGGGUUGUCCGUGCUUCCCACCUUAGCCUGUAAGCGUCUGCCAGCCCUGGCUGUAAAGCAGGGCUCACAGCACUGCAGGCCAUGCCGCCUCCGCCCUGCAUGCUAUGAUCCUCCUGCAUUAUAUCAGGCCAUGAUUUUGACGUGCACAAGGGUAGUUCUGACUCAAGGUUGAUGCAGGAACUACGAUGACUGAAAAGUCUCAGUGCAGUCCCUUGGUCAGGUGAUGUCCAUUUUUGUGGCCUAAAAGUGCUAUUCUAGCUGAACCUAGUGGAGAUGUGUGACACCGACUAAGCUUGCUUUCUUGGUGUUCCAUCUCUCAGGCCAGCCUCUUCAGCGACACUGUCCAGGAUUUGUCCCAGCGGUCUUGGGCAGUUCACACGCAGCAAAAGAACUAAGAGUGCCCAUAGAAGGGCUGCGUUUUCCGUCUGCCUGUCGCUGAAGGCGCCCCCCUGCUGGCCCCAACAGGACUUGCUCCGCUCCCCUUCGGGGGCAUUGAGCUGGCCACACCUAGGGGGUGGCAGUCUGACAUUUGGGUUGCCUUGCAUGAAGUGGGGCUUCCUGAAACCAGACUACCCGGGGAUUAGAGGAUUGCUCUGGGAAUACCCUUGGGAAAGACAGGGGCUUUCUCCACCACUGCCGACUCCGACCUACAGUUCAACUGGUACCCACUCUUUCAAUAAAAGAGCAAUUUUCUCGAUGUUCUUUAGGUUUCUUAAAACAUGUUGGGUUUGUCUGUGAGUGAUGCAUGUCUUCCUCACACCCAAGCUCAACACAUGGUCUCGCCGUCUAAGCUGGGGAUGCAGGACCCGUCGCUUCCUCACACUCUAGUUGCGACAACGCAGGAUCGUGGAUCAGCUGCCUUAGCAGCCUGGCGCUACUUUGGGAUGCUUGCUUUCCAGGUUGAGCCAUCCUCAAAAAAAAUAAAAAAGCUGGUUGCCUUGCCGCAUGGAUGUUGGUACCGUUCCUAUAAUCCUUAUUUAAUGCAGGCAGCAGCCUGGUUAAUAAUUUUACCUAGUCUGUCUGCUGGUCGAUUUGGUCGGUCCAUACAUCCAAAAGAGCGAUGGGCUUCGCCCAUUCCUGGUUCUUGAGUUCUGAAUCGGUCCCCUCUUCAGGCUACCAUUUGGGUAGCUGAAGCAGAAGGACACGUGCUGUUAUGCCCUGAUUGCCCUAACACAGAUCGUGUUUCGGUCUGCUUCAGGGGUCAGACGUAUCAGUACAGGUCUUGGAUGAAUACAGGAGCCAUGCGGACUUCGGGUCAACUGGGAGAAGCGUGAGCUCUUAAAAAGAGAACAGAGCUCUCUCUUUUCUCUGUAUGGAGUUGGAUCCGGUCAAGACAUGUCAGCUGAAAGAGUUGGUGCUGAACUGCCUGAUUCUUUCUCUAAACUUUUCAGAGGCUUCCGAGGCAUAUGGCAGCCGUAGCCGCGGUCUUGCCGCUUGGCUGUUCCAUGUGAGAUCGCUUCAGCACUGACUACACGACUGGAUCCUGAGAUGGGCAUGGCACCGUGGCACACUUCAGGUUGGCGUCCCCCUCAGUGUUGCCACCUUCUCAGUCACUGGUCAGACCUUGUGUUCCUACGGGCAACUGUGCUCUUAGGCCAGGUGUCGAGGCACGAGGCACGAGGCACGAGGCACGAGGCAGUCAUUCGGAAGCCUCCGACACAAGCUAGGGUGCCGUUUGCAACAGGCAGGCAGCUUCGUGCUCCUGGAAAGGACCUUGACUGCAGUGACAUUAGUCACUUCGAGUUGCUAGCAGUGCUUUUCCCUCCGCUGGUUCUUACCAAUGCUGCGAGAUAAGCGCACGCUAGUCUUUGAGGACACCAUAGCCACGGUAGCAUACACCUACCCCUGAAGCCAGGCUCACACUACAGGAUUUUUAAAAUCCAAACCGAUUAUGAAAUCUGGUUGCAGCGCACACAUAAGGAAAAUCUUUGCAGAUUAUCUUCCCUGAAAUCUUAAACAUGCACACACUACAAGAUUGGAAAAUUGUGGUGCAUCACACACUACAAGAUAAGAUUAUCAUGACGAAGGGGAGCGCCUCACGUGAUCUUACGCAACAGAUUGUCAUUUCAGCAACUAAUGUUUACAAAUGUUAGUUAGCGUGCUAACAGCUUUAUGCACUCACCCGGUAUGUUCAAAACAGAUGAUUUCACUCCAGAGCUUUCUUUGCUCCAUGCGGUUGUGGUAUGUUUUCAACAUAUUUUACAGACAGUCUUACUACAAAAACAUAGGAAGCAGUUUCCUCCAUCUCCACUAUACAGUGGACCGUACAGCAGCUGUUUUGCGGUCGCGCAUUGGCUGUUGUGAAAGUACUGAUGUAAUCAUAGCCAUGAUCAUCCCGAUUUAAAAUCCUGAAUAUCAAACAUGUUUGAUAUGAUCAGGGCAGCCCCGAUUUGUGUCAGAGCAGAUCGGGGGGUGCAAGAUUCGAGCUGUGAACGUCUUACAUUACCAGACAAUCCGUGCUGAACAUCGGGACCAAUUGAGGUGCUCGACAAGUUUUUGCUACGAUUUUCGGGAGGGGAAAAUCGGGGCAAAAUCGGGCUAAAAAUCCUGUAGUGUGAGCCAGGCUUGAGGUGGUCUACGCUCCCGUCGCAUGUUGCAACUCGCCUGCCAUCUCCUCCUCGGGAGUCUGAUGUAGCUCAAUUCGCUGCAUGCUGAUCACUUUUCGGAGAAUUAAGUUGCAACCCCCCAAAAAAGG